AAGUAAUAAGUCUUGAAGGAUGAAUAUAGAAAUGUCCUGCUGAGACGUGUUUGUGAUAACAUCAUCUGAUCUAUAAAUAGUGUCACAGAGAACGUUUCCUGCAUACUCUAAUUAGAUUUGACCUAUUUAGAAUAAAAUGUAGAUUACUGGAGAUGAUGAAGGAGAAAAGGAAAUAGUUUUACACUUAAGAUUGUGCCCACUUUCCUUGUGAAGCGGUGACCUACUUCCUGCAGAUAUGAGGCAUGAGUGCAGUACAUAAUAUUUGGUACAGAGUUUUUGAGAAGGAAAACACUUAAGAUUGUAAAUCCACACAAUACAACCGUGAACCACUUCCUGCCCUGCUGCUGUUUAUAGAAAAAGAAAAAAAGACUAGGUCUAUAAUUAAAGUUUUAUUAGAUCACAUUAUGAACACAAUUAAGUGAAGAACGUGACAUGACAACUUGAAACGUGACUGGCAGAACAUUAUGUGUCCCUCUGAAGCAAGGAAAUAAACUGUAAAAAUAGUUGUUUAAUUGAGAGUAAAUUAACUGGUGAUUCUUUGGCUGCAACCUUCAAAUCAACUCACACCUGCAUGAAAAGAAUAACUUAUAGCUUCUUCUCGUGCUCAGUACAUCACAGAGACAUCGCUAAGUAUUCAGUUAUAAAAUAAGAUGUGUUGAUGUGUCACUGACUCAUCUCUGCUCAUGUAUGUGGGUGAUUUGUGACCAAAAAAAAAGUACCCUCUUGACUGCAAGGAAUGACUACAACUGGUGUUUUCCCCCCAUGUGUUUCAGUUCCUGAAAUGAAUCGCUGACUAGGCAAAGGAAAAUAUAAGUCACAACACAGAUUCAACCUGCCUUCCAUUGACACUGGCUGUAAAUUAUUCUAUUUACCCUGGUCACCAUCUCCUCUGCUCAGUUUAUCUAUGUUACUUGUAAAUAAAAGAGCAGGUAUCAUGCGUCAAGCCUGAAUAAUCCCUCUCUCUCAAAGGAUCAAAAGCCCUCCUCCCUUUGUUCCCCUGCAGCUCUGGUAUGUUUGCACGUCAUGUGUUUGUGUAACGACAAAAAGAAGGAAGAAAACCCACACGGGCCACACGAAGCCACAGCCUCCAGUGACAUCACAUCAUGUCAUGUCGCGUUCCUGUGAAGACGCAUGCAGUUCAGGAAAAACAAGUUUGGAGGCAUUCUGUUUGUUACCCUCCCUUCUUAACUCUCUGUCUUCCUCUUGCUCUUCAGUGUGUAAACACAUCCUGACAGUAUCCUCAGGUGGUUUAAUUGACUAUGUCUGCCAAGCCGAUCAUGGACUACUCUCAGCCUUUCUCAGUCCUAAACGAGAGACUGAGACCUAGAGUCACUACCAGCGAGCAGCUCUACUCCUCUCUGACCAGACUGGAGGGCAGACAGAUGAACUCGCUCAGGAACAAAUCUUCAUCUUGCCGACCUGCAGUUCUGCCAACACAACCAGAACCAACAGUCUCAGUGUCCAUAACAGAACCAGAAGACCCAGAGGAACCUGGAGACGACUCGGAGCAGGAAGAUUUGGUCUCUGAUGAAGGAAGCUGUGCUGAUCUGUUGAACACCUCAAGCCUCCUCGCUGAGUUAAAUUUAAAGGACUUUGGUAUAGAGGAGCUCGUUGACGAGAACAGGAGCACCUCCUCGUCUGAGGAGAAAGACAAUCCAGGUGAGCUGACCUCAGGGGGGACAGGUCAGUCCGAGACAGAAGCCUUGGAGACUGACGGUGGAAGCUCUUUCCAAAGGAGCUACCUAAAUGGGACUUUACCAGACCUGAUCAAGAGUGGCAGGCCGCUCGGCAGACGGCGAACACUGGGACAUGUCACAGACACGCUUAAAGAAGUACGCAGAGAGGUGGAGCUGUCUCGGAGACGAAGCAUCAAGCUUAAAGCACAGGUGGACAAACUGCAGGAGGGCAGAGAUGGCCCGGGAUGGAGCCAUCACAGAGAGAGGGUGACAGAGGAGGUUCUGUCUGUUCUGCGGCUGCUGCGCCCGCUGACAGAGUCACAGUCCAGCCAACGUGAACCCCCUCAAGGGGAAAACCAACUGGAUGCUUCACUGGCCCAGCUGCAGAAUGUGGCCCGCGAACUGGCAAUCCACCACACCAAAGAGUUCAAAUCCGGCAAAGACGAAGCAGCAGAGGACAGCGCUAUCCUGCAGCAGGCGUUACGGGACAGAGACGAGGCCAUAGAGAAGAAGAAGGCGAUGGAGGCCGAGCUGCUGCGAAGUAAAACAGAGAUGAUGUCACUGAACAACCAGCUGCUGGAGGCGGUGCAGAAACGUCUGGAGCUGUCGCUGGAGCUGGAGGCCUGGAAGGAGGACGUCCAGCUGAUCAUCCAACAGCAGCUUCAGAUGCAGCAGCAGGCGGAGCAGGCCCAGAAGAAGCCCUCCCGCCUGGGAAUCCUGAGGAGAAACAACAAGCCCCCCAUCCAGCGGCCAACCAACUUCCCUUUGUCUGUGCCCAUCCCACCCACUACCAACUCCAACCAAAUCUUCGUCCCCAGAUCUGCGGGUUCUGCUUCUCCGGCUCCCAGCACGCCUCCUUCCUCUCAACGCAACUGGAGGGACAGGCUGAGGAGGACCAAGAACAGUCAUCCAGGAGACCAGGAUGCAGCAGGGCAGGAGUCAGAAGGCAGGGUUGACGACGGCUUCCAGGUUGUUUCACUCGAUUAAAACACUGAUAACUUUGCACUGAGUGCAUUCAUCCUGAUGCACAAGGCUCAUUUAAAGUCGCCCUAGAGUGAAAACUGUGUUUGCCUAUUGUCACUUUGUGGUUUGACCACAUGAUGUGUGUGCAGAGUUGGACACUAAAAGGCUGUUUGCAACCUGGACCUGGAAGUUUCUAAGAACCAGCCACGAUAUGAGCUGGUUGAAUUCUCUAAACGCUAAGGGAAGGAGCUUUAACGCUUCCUUUUUUUUUUUUAAACCUCCUUUAACUUAGGAUACACUGGACCUUCCUUUACGAAAUGAAAAAAGAUAAUGCAGCCCCACCAUUCCUUCCUUGCAUAAUUUAAAGCGACGCACCAUUUGGCCGUUGACAAAAACAACACUAACAGGGAUUCAUGUCGGUAAACAUGAGUGGACAGGAGGGUGAGCAUGAGAAACCCUUCUUAACGUGACAACCGUUUUGUUUGACUUUUGUGACUGUGGCCUGUAUUCCUUUUUUUAUUUCAGUUCCGGCCUUGGAGAUGAAAUGAUAUUUUUCACCGGUUUGUCCGUUUUUAUACAGCCAGCAUGAAACAACAUCAUAAUAACACACAGGGCGCAGUAUCUAAGAUGCACAUUAAGGGUGUUAUCAAUCUUGGUCCUUUUCAGCCCUCUAAGUGGACUCAGAGCAGUGACUCAGCAUUUUUUGCGCAUAUGAGAACUCAGACCCCUCUGACUAUUCGAAUGGACUUUUCAGUGAUUUAGGAGGCAUCGUGAGUCCAGCAGUUAAACCUCUGAAAUGAACAAUUUUUUUUACAUAAUCUGGAUUUUCUCAAUGAGGGCGGAGUCGAUGUCAUCUUAAGAAGUUUAAACAAGCUAAAAUUAUAUCAGACAAAUUAUCAUUCCAAGCACAGUAUUUUUCUUAAAACACAUCUGAAAGGGAUCUUUUGUGUAUUAGUGGGAAAACAUGCUUUGGAUCUUUAAAGUUAUGAAGCAUAACUGUGAUUGUGAAUGAGCCAUGUGAUUGUUUAAUACUGUAACACUUGAAUGCCUUACAUUUAAUCUCUUGAAUACUGUUGUAAAUAAAUAAAAUUCUUACGGAAGUGCUCCGUCAGACCCCUUACAAAGUCA